UGUACGUUUGUGGUUAGGGCAAAGGGGUGUGCGAUGUUGAACCUCUCACGAGGUUAGAGACCAGGAUUUGCCCACGUACCUUCGACCUGGCGACUCCGGAGGGCGUCGGGCGUCUUGAGCGACUUGCGGACGCAGCUCAUGUUGGGUCGGCUGCCUGCUUCGGUGUCCGCCCCAGUCUUGGGCACGAGGAAAUUGUUUUAUUGCACUUGUCGAAUGUGUGUUUCAAGCUGGGUCGAACGUCAGUCGAUCAGCUUGCGAGGAAAGAAAACACCCGUCUGCGGCGCCGCCACCGCCGUCUGUCGGCGCCCCCCGAACUAAUGUGAGCACCGAAAUCGUGGAGAAAGGUGGUGGCGGCGUCCGUGGAUAAAAUUUUGGAUCGAGGCCGCGGGAGCCGCCCCUGAGAUAGUGGCCUUCGACACUCUGUCAACGAUAAAGGAAGGGCGCUUAAAAAAAAUUAAAAAGGGACAGCAGUCAUGUUUUGGUUUUUGGUUGUGUUGGUGGCCGUCGUGGUCACCACGAAAACCGCCCCCAUCGACCCUGAGGAUUCCUGGAUGACUGACGAGGACGAUUUUUACGACUUUUACGGCCAACCAGACGCAAACACAGGAGAAAGAGUGGCCGCUUGGAAUCCUUUUUCGAGGAUAAAUCCGGAGGAAUUGGGAAGCUACGCCAAGGGUGACAUUCUGAUUCCUCGCGACCCACCCUUGGAAGGUGUGCGAAACGCCCUGGUGGCGAGCGAAGCUCGAUGGCCGGGAGCUGUUGUUCCCUACGUAAUCAACGGGACGUUUUCCCUUGACGAGGUUGCGACCAUAAGCGCCGCUAUGACAUCCAUCGAGCAAUUCACGUGCAUCAAAUUCGUGGAGCGGACCACAGAAGUGGACUAUGUGACCAUCGAGAGCGGCGCCUCGGGCUGCUGGUCAUCCGUGGGGCGCAUUGGAGGAAAUCAGGUCCUCAAUUUACAACCACCGGCAUGUGUUUGGAAUGUGGGGACGCCUAUUCAUGAGCUGAUGCACUCCCUGGGAUUUUUCCACGAGCAAAGUCGCCACGACCGCGACAAGUACGUCCAGAUUUUCUGGCACAACGUGCAGGUCGGUCAGGACCACAACUUCAAAAAGUUUGACCGAACAUUGGCAACCACGGUCGUGCCCUACGAUUUCAACUCAGUCAUGCACUACUCCGGUUUGGCCUUCAGCAAAAACAACAAAAGCACCAUCAAGCCCAAGAUGAGUGGCGUGAGACUCGGACAAAGAGACUAUCUGAGCGCCAACGAUAUCAAGAAAGUGAAGCAAAUGUACCAGUGCAAUUAAUUUAGAUUUUUAUAAUAUCUAAUUAGGACUUCACCCCCAAUUUAAAUAUGUUAAAAUUAAACAGUUUUUAUAUUGAUUAGUUUGGAAUAAAAUAAAAAUUUUCGUGC